AUGCGACAGGAAUAUGAGUCCCUCGUAGAUCACAAAGUGUUCUCUCUGUCUGAAAUGCCAGAAGGGAAAAGCCCAGUGGGCUGUAAGUGGUUGUAUAAUGUGAAAUAUGACCCUAACGGAGGUGUUAAGCACAAGGCUCGCCUUGUGGCAAAGGGAUACUCCCAAAUACAGGGGCAGGAUUAUGAUUCAGUGUUUUCACCUCUGAAGGGGGGAAACCUUCAGAGCUGCUCUGUGCAAAGAGACUACCUAUUAGACGUGGAGGUAAAGAACUAUCAGCACAUUCUUGCCUUGGCAUUUGCUGUGAAGGAGAUCAACAAUGAUCCCAGGAUCUUACCUAACAUCACUUUGGGAUUCCACCUCUAUGACAGCUACUACAGUGCACCUAUGACUUACAAGGCUACACUACAGCUGCUUUCCUUGCACCAUAAAUUUGUCCCCAACUACAAGUGUGAUGUCCAGAGUAAUCUGAUAGCUAUCAUUGGAGGUCUUGAAUCUAAAACUUCCCUCUACAUGGCCACCAUCUUAAACAUUUACAAGACUCCACAGCUUUCCUAUGGCUCUGUUCUGUCAGGACUGAAUGACAGGAGACUGUUCUCUUCAUUGUACCAGAUGGUCCCCAAUGACAUCCAUCAGUACAUUGGACUUGUCCAAUUGCUUGUGCAUUUUCAGUGGGUGUGGGUUGGAAUCUUUGUCAUAGAUGAUGACAGUGGGGAAACAUUUUUACAGACCUUGCUUCCUUUGCUUUCCCAGAGUGGUAUCUGUUUUGCUUUUAUAGACAGAAUCCAAAAAGUGACUUAUGUUGAUGGAAUGAUAGAAUUGUUUUUAAGAAAGUUUGAAACUUUUCGUACCCUAAUGGAAAGCAAAGUCAAUGUGUUUGUUGUUAAUGGAGCACCUCCAUCAAUGGAAAAUUUAAGCUGGCACCUUCAAGUGGUAGACCUAAGUUCACCAACAGGCAAAGUGUGGGUAGUCACUGCUCAUUGGGAUUUCAUAUUAAAAAACCAUCAAAGGGAAUGGGAUAUACAGGAUUUCCAUGGUGCUAUAUCCCUUACGAUUCAUUCAAAUCAGCCAACAGGAUUCAGGACCUUUCUUUACAGCAUCAAUCCUUCUUGGGCAAAAAAAGAUGGUUUUAUCAAGGGCUUCUGGGAACAGGCAUUUGAUUGUUUAAUGAAAAAAUCCAGGGAAAGUGAUGGUGAAGAGACCAAGGAAGCCUGCACAGGGAAGGAAAAGCUGGAAAAUCUUCCAGGGCCUUUCUUUGAAAUGAGCAUGACUGGCCACAGUUAUAAUAUCUACAAUGCUGUCUAUGCAGUGGCACAUGCAUUACAUGUUAUCUCUGAAACCAGGUCCAAAGUCAGGAUGAAGAAUUGGAAUCUGAGCGCAUGGCAGCUAAGCCAUUCUCUAAGGAGUAUCUCCUUCAACAACAGCAUAGGCGAUUCUGUUAAUUUUGAUGCUAAUGGAGAACUGAUUGAAAAAUUUGAUGUUACAAACUGGGUGACAUUCUCAAAUCACUCUUUUAUUCGAGUAAAAGUUGGGAGUUUUGACCCUCAUGUUCCGACAGGCAAAGAACUGAAAAUUCAGGAUGAAAAACUGGUGUGGCAUAGAUGGUUUACCCAGGUGCCACCUCUUUCUGUGUGCAAUGACAACUGCCCUCCAGCUUACAGCAAGAGAAAGAAGGAAGGAGAGCCAUAUUGCUGCUAUGAUUGUGCUCCUUGUCCACAUGGGAAGAUUUCUGAUCAGAAAGACAUGGAUGACUGUAUCAGAUGUCCUGAAGACCAGUAUCCAAGCCAGGCCCAGAAUGAAUGUUUCACCAAGAAGAUGAGUUUCCUGACUUUUGAAGAACCUUUGGGGAUCGCUUUAGUCUCCUUUAUUCUUUCUUUUUCUCUGACUACUGUGUGUGUGUUGAUCAUCUUUAUAAAGAAUCACGAUACUCCCAUAGUCAGAGCCAACAACCAGAGCCUCACCUACAUUCUCCUCAUCUCCCUCCUGCUUUGCUUCCUCUGCUCCUUCCUAUUCAUUGGGCAGCCAGGGAGGGUGACCUGUCUUCUCCGACAAACCUCGUUUGGCAUCGUCUUCUCUGUGGCUCUUUCCAGUGUGUUGGCCAAAACAAUCACUGUGGUUCUGGCCUUCAUGGCUACCAAACCAGGCUCCAGAGUGAGGAGGUGGGUGGGGAAAAGAUUGACAAACUCGAUUGUCCUUUCUAGCUCAUUUAUUCAAGCAGGCCUUUGUACCAUUUGGCAAAGUUCCUCUCCUCCCUUCCCAUACAUGGACACACACUCACUCGAUGAUAAAAUCAUUGUGGAAUGUAACGAAGGCUCGGCCACCAUGUUUUACUGUGUCUUGGGCUAUAUGGGCUUCCUGGCCAUUGUCAGCUUCACUGUGGCUUUCUUCGCCAGGAAGUUGCCCGAUAGCUUCAAUGAAGCCAAAUUUAUCACCUUCAGCAUGCUGGUCUUUUGCAGUGUUUGGGCAUCAUUUCUUCCCACCUACCAUAGCAUCAAAGGGAAGUCUAUGGUGGCCGUGGAGAUCUUCUCCAUCUUGGCCUCCAGUGCCGGUUUGCUGGGUUGCAUCUUUUCACCUAAAUGCUACAUCAUUUUAUUGAUGCCCGAACUGAACAACAAGCAUCAUUUAACAACAAGAAAGUACCAGUGA